AUGCCGCUGCCCUCAGAUGGGAUGGCAUCUCCAACCAAGAGAAUAAACCCUAACAUCACAGAUUCACUGCCACGGCCCUCAGAUGGGAUGGCAUCUCUCACCGAGAAAAAAAACCCUAACAUCCCCGAUUUAAUGGCCGCUCUUCCAUUCGAACUCAAAAUAGAAAUACUUUCUAGGCUACCCGUGAAACUCCUUCUCCAAUUAACAUGCAUCUGCAAAUCCUUGAAUUCUAUAAUAUUCAGUCCCAUUUUUGCCAGAAAGCAUCUUAGCAUGUCUACCACGCGCCGCCUCUACCUUUCAUCCUACCAAAAUCAGUUCAAUCUAAAGUCUUAUUCACUCCAAUCCAUCUUCACUGAUCUAACCACUAACUUCACUCAGCUAGGGUUUCCUUUCUACACUAGUAUAAGCAAUUCAUAUUACAUUGCUUGUUCGUGUGACGGAGUUCUCUGUCUUACUGACGAUUAUCAAUCUAUAGUUGUAUUGUGGAAUCCUUCUAUUAGAAAAUUCAAAAAAUUGCCCCAUUUUGAAGAAUACCCACAAGCGCUUAAAAAGCUUCGUGUAACCCAUGGAUUCGGCUAUGAUCAUGUUUCCGAUCAUUACAAAGUGGUUGUUGCUUACCAAUUUCAUAGUAUUCGUAGUGGUAUCCAUGAAGACACAACUAAAGUAAAGGCUCUUACUUUGGGUACCCAUGAUUGGAGAACCAUUCCUACGUUCCCAUUUGGUUCUAUAUUUGAUCAUGGAGCUGGAAAAUAUGUAAGCGGCACCAUUAAUUGGUUGGACUAUACUGAAAGUUAUUGGAUCGGUCAGCCUCAUCCUUUUAUUAUUUCUUUUGAUUUGGUUAAGGAGUCUUUUCAAAAGAUUCCCUUUCCUGACCAUGGAAGGAGAGACUGGUGUAACAUAACAUUGUUUGUGUGGAGGGAUUGCUUGAGUAUAAUUUUUGAUCAUGAUGUUUGGGUUAUGAACACAUAUGGAAUUCAAGAGUCUUGGAUUAAAUUGUUCAGUGUUUCUUUCUUGCAACAUCCGCGUAUGUCUUGUAUCUUAAGCAAGGCUUCAUAUAUAUGUGACGGUCAACUGCUGCUGGAGGUUAAGGAUAAGAAGAAACAGAAAAGGAAGUUGAUUGCUUACAAUUCCAAGAAUGGUGCUUUUAAGGUUACCAAGUUUUUAAGGUUACCAGAAGUCUGUGUUGAGAGUUUGUUAUCACCUGACAUUAUUUAG